AUGACUGAGGAGUGGAUGAAAAGAAUUCAGGAUGAAAAUACACACCUUAAAAAUCAAAUCAGGCUACUUAAGGAGAACUAUGAAUUACGUGCAUUCUUGGGUCAGCAGUGUGAGAACAACGGCCAAGGCCAGUUUUUAACUCCUCUCAUCCCUCCUGCAUAUCCUGAUGCUUGUUUGUUGGCAAAAGGAGGUCAGUAUCUUGGAACAGCAUUUAAAAAAAUGGAAUCUGAAGUUCACCAGCAGCCACCCCUGCUUGAGAAUCUUAAUUAUUCCCCACACAUCAUCGCCAAGGAAAGUUUGCUUCUGUGUAAUCCCAGCGCUCAGGUGCAACCAAAGCGACUCCAUAAUGACCCACCCCCUUUUCAGCUGAGAAGUGGGGAAAAGAAAUUAGCACCUUUGACAAGCAUGUCGUGUUCUACAAUCGGCAGGAAACAGCUUGAGGAAUUCACAGACGUCACAGGGCUGAAGAAACCUUGGCUCACAGACAGCCCUGGAGGUGAUAAAGUUCAGAAUCCAUUCCCCCUUAGCAUUGCUUACUAUAAGGCUGGACGAUUACUUGGUUCCAAAGACACGUCAAAUCACCUCCCAUCCUGGACAGAAGAAACAGCUCCCUCAAACCCUACAAGCACUCCACAGAAGGAUAAUGCCCAAGCACAGGCUGUAUUUUCAAAUGAUCCCCGGAUUCCCAAAGGUGUUUCCUCAUCUGGGAUUUCUGACAGGCAGGGCUAUCACAUCGCAGGCAGUGCUCUGGAAUCAAGGACAGACAAAGCGCUGCCUGCAUCGGAAGAGAUGCCCAGGAAGAAGCACGUCUGGUUUUCAGAUGCACCGGUCACAGACAGGCAAAGGAAGCUCCAUACGUUCCACUUAAGCGAUCUUGAGAUUGCUCAAAACAACAAGAAAAAUGGGCGCAUAGUGGGAGAGAUUGCCUUCCAACUGGAUAGGCGCAUCCUGGCACAUGUGUUUCCUGGCAUCACGCGCCUCUAUGGCUUCACAGUGUGCAACAUUCCUGAGAAAAUCAAGCAGCUCUCGAUGAAGUCCACAGAUGGUUCUGUGGAUGAGAAAAAGUACCGAGCCAUGACCCAACGCUAUUUAGACCUGACCUCUCAUCUGGAGAAGAUGGGCUACCACACAGAUAUUCACCCAGUCUUCAGUGAGUUUCUCAUCAACACCUAUGGUAUCCUAAAGCAAAGGCCAGACCUGAGUUCUAACCCGCUACACAACAGCCCUUCUGACCUCCGGAAGAUGGUGAUCGAUAUUGUGCCCUCCAAGUUCCUCGGGGAUACCUUAUUGCUUUUGAACUGUUUGUGCGAACUUUCCAAAGAAGACAACAAGGCCCUCUUUGCCUGGUAA